AUGGUGUACCCAUUCCAGCCCUGGAGCAGGGACCAGUCCAGCAUACGCUCCUCCAUCAGCGAGGCUAGCUCCAGCAACCACCAUGUCUACUUUGACAUGAGCUUCGGCAGCACAUACUCUCCGCUGGCGAGCAGCAUCCCGCCGCCGCCACCACCUUCACCAAACGACGACCUCCUCGACAUCAACCCCCAGAAGUGCUCGUUCUCAUCCAACUCGACCAACAACGCCUGUGCUUUCCCCUCAUGGCCUAACCGCCCCUCGCUUAUCAGCUGCGAUUCAGAGGGCUCCUCGGCUAGCGCCUACCUUUCUGACGAGGACCUGUUCCCUGGUGGACCCAUCACCCCAGAGCCGGUUAUUGACGAGGAGUCCGCAGCCAUCGAUCCGCGCAUGGGAGGCAGCAGCUUGACCACCGAGCAGCAGGUUCAAAUGCUGCGCAUGGCAGCCGAGGAGGAGGCCCAGCGAUCACGCUUCCUCGCCCAGGUCCAGGCCCACGCCAAAGCCCAGCAGGCACUGCGCGUCGCUCAGCUAGUAGCCAGCGAGAAGGAAAGCAACAAGCGCACGAAGAAGCGCAAGCCCGUGGUCGCCGAGAAGAAGCGCCGCACCGCCUCGUCUUCCAAGGGCAUUGUCUACCGCACUUAG